AGGUGAUGUAUAAUCGUUUGCAACGUCAGUUGCGGUCGGUUGAGUCAGUUAAAGUCGUUGAAGUGGCAGAGCAACUCGCGAAGCGCUGGGCGAAGUGUGACCAACAGUACCUCGCGCUGGAACUCGCGAAGCAGUGGGGAAAGUGUGACCAACGGCACCUCGCGCUGGAACUCGCGAAGCAGUGGGGAAGUGUGACCAACAGCACCCCGCGCUGGAACUCGUAAAGCAGUGGGGAAAUGUGACCAACAGCACCUCGCGCUGGAACUGCGAAGCACUGGGGGAAGUGUGACCAACAGCACCUCGCGCUGGAACUCGCGAAGCACCGGGGGAAGUGUGACCAACAGCACCUCGCGCUGGAACUCGUGAAGCAGAGGGGAAGUGUGACCAACAGCACCCCGCACUGGAACUCACGAAGCGCUGGGGGAAGUGUGACCAACAGCACCUCGCGCUGGAACUCGCGAAGCACUGGGGGAAGUGGGACCAACAGCACCUCGCGCUGGAACUCGCGAAGCAGAGAGAAAGUGUGACCAACAUCACCCCGCACUGGCGACCACGGGGUUUGCUGCGUGUAGCCGCUCGGCGCUACUCGAAGUCGAGAGCUGGUUCAUCUAUCAUUGGUUCGCCAGGGACUGUCCCUGUAAGUUUAUCUGUACAGACUUGUGUCCAAACUAAGAAUUCUUCACAUUAGAUUGGUAUUGUAACCCAACCCGGAUCAGGCACUUGAGGGCUAAAUGCUUCUACCUUUGACUGCGGAAGAAAAGUAUCGCCAUAUUCGGACUAAUGGUUGAUGUUAUGUCUGAAGGGUUCAAAGCCGGGGAUAUUGGGCUGAGAGCCCAGAAGAAGAUCCUGAGCCGUAUGGCCAACAAGAAUGUCGCCAAGGUGUUUAUUGAUGACACUGCAGCCAGUCUCUUGGAUAAUGUCUACAAGCUUGCCAAAGUUUAUACUGGAAAUAAGAAAGAGGCUGAGAAACUGGUGAAGAAUAUCAUCAAGGUAGUGAUCAAAUUGGGCGUGUUGUACCGGAAUGGGCAGUUCUCAAGAGAUGAACUGAAGCAAGCAGAACGUUUCAAAGGACGCUUCCAUUCAGCAGCUAUGGCAGUUGUCAGUUUCUAUGAAGUGGACUUCAGCUACGACCGCCACUAUCUGUUGACUGCACUCAAUGAGUCACGGGCAGCAAUGCGACAGCUUGUCCAGCAACAUCUCACAGACAAGUCACUUGCAAGAAUUGAUUCUGUGUUUGGUUUCUUUGCAGAUCCAAAUUUCUUGGAUGCAGUAUUUAGGAAAGAUUCUGAAUACAGAGAAUAUCUGGGAAGAAUUGUGGCAGACAUGAAUCGUGCUAUGGAUGAAGGUGGAAUGUGAAUGUGGUGGCUACUUAAUGUUUCAUUAAGAACUCACGUGUUUGUGACAUGCCACUCGCACAUUGCGAAUAGUUUUGUACAAUCCAUGCUGAAUUCACCUUUCCAUCAAGCUGUCUUUGUGGGAAGAUAGCAAUGGUAGUUAUAAAUAAUAAUCACUUCAAAAAACAUGCUAUUUUCUUGAAAUACAGGCUAAACAAGAUUUAUUUACCUGUGUAUAUUGGUCAUUUGAAGUGAACUGUUCAUUCUGAUCAGUUAUUCCACUGUAAUAAUAAGUUCAAUUGAACUGAUGGACUGCCCUCAGUACGAUAAAGUAGAUAAAUUACCUCUUAACUGAAUUCAGAAAUUCAAGGAAAUGAGACUGUUAAAGAGUUAACUUAUCUUUAACUAAUGGAAUGUAGUAUAUCUAACAUGACAUGAUGGAUAUGAUCCCAGGAGCCAAAACAUCUGCUGCUAUCUCCCUGUACAAUUUAAAACUGUUAAUUCCUUUUCCAUCAAUUUUAAGUACAGUUAAACAAAAAGACAGCAACUUUCUAGGGUUUAUCUGGGCCAUAAGAAGGUUAUCUCCUUUCAGAUUUGCAUUAUACUCCUCAAGAAACACUUUAGUCUAAAAGAUCAUUAUGUUUGUUUGUUUUUUAAUAGAUGUACAUGACCCAUUCAUGUUAAGAAAUAGUGAGAUUACUAUCUCAUUUAUCCAAGGUGAGAUGUGUGUUGUAUUUUGUAUACGUUUUGUACUCAUUAUAGAAAAGCUUGAUCUCUGCAAUGUAAAAAACAAUAUUUAGUAAAAUAUACAGUUCUUAAAACUUUAGUACCAUGGAGGCAGUUAGUAGUCAUCAACUCCUCAGGCAGAUUUUUAAAUUACCACUGCACUACCCUCUCAAGCAGUAUUUAAAUUUCUAUUUAUCAUCCUCUUCACUUUCUCUCAAUAGUUUCCAAAAUAUGUAAACUAGCCAACAGAGUAAUUACAUUUUUGUUGAAAGUUAAUGGCAAUACACGUUUCAUAACACAUUCUAUUUUCCUUAUUAGAUGGUCUAUAUUUCCUGCCUUCGUGUAACAAUUCUUAGAUAAAACAGAUGGCAGUGAGGCCUAUAGAUUACUUUGAAACUCAUGUAGUUUCAAUAGCUCUUAACACAGAGCAGCUGUAAAGACAGACAGUGCACCCAUACACAUGCAAUUUCUGUGGUUGCAUGGUAGUGAAUAUAUACAGGUAUGGGGAACCAGCUUGAGGGAUUAACAUUUAACGAGAAUCUCUUCUUUCCCAUCCUUCAUUCAUUUUUCCAAUGUCCAAAAAAUCUUGCAAAUUCUUUGUCUGUGAUGAGUCUGUUUCUUACUCAUGUAUACCCAAAAUUAUUGGAAGAAAAUGUAUUGAAGGACAAAUGAAGGAUGGUUGAAGUGUCAGUUUAGGUGAAAACACUAUUGAAAAAUGUUUAUGUUUAACUUAACCUUUAUGGGUCCACUCAGAAAUAUCUAACAUAUUGUACCGUGUUAGGCGUGUCACGCUACAAAUAAGUUCACGCCGUUAUUUGGUAUAGCGAAUUUAUUCCGUUCGCUCACCUUACACACACUUUACAAUCAUUACCACUUGCAGUGUUACAAAUACUGCUUACAAUAACUUGGCCGAUACUGGACCCUCUUCUCUGGCGGUUAUUCUAGGACUCUACUCCGAAGGCUUGAUAACGGCUGACUUCUUGGAUGGCUCGAUAAGGACUUUCUUCUAAGAUGGCUAUUCCGAGACUGACUUCUCCGACGGAUAUUCCAGGACUGUUGUGCGAAUGCAUUCCCCCCCCUAUAUAACCUAGGUCGCUGUUAUGCAACGAACCCUUUGUUAUAACCAUGGAGACUCCUGUUAGAACUACA